AUGCAUCACAAUGGGCAGAGUCCUGCUUUUUCCACUUCACACCUUCCAGAUGAUCAGCAGAACCCAAAAGUACAUAAUACGAUCGUUAAACUGCCACGGUACUAUGAUGACCAAAAUGCGAACGCGGAAAAACCAAAAUCACCAGAUCCCAGCGACGAGAGAAGCACUGGUAAUAUACAUGAUUCAAUGAAGAUAAUGACAGGAGAAACGCUUAUAUACAACCAGCAGCAAUGCAUCUUCAAAGGAAUACAUUCGUGUAGGAACAAGACAUUCUAUGCAUUAGAAAAUGAGAGGCCAAUGACUGGAUAUAAUGGAACUUGUCCUGAGUGUCAUCGGACUUUCUCAGAUUUCACCGAUCCAAGAAAAGGCUUCUUUAUUUCAGACAAGAGUUUUAAUGAUGCUAUAAGAAAACAUAAGUUAGGCAUGGAGCAGUCUAGAGGUCGCAAUCCCGUUAAUGAAUUAAAAACUAUAACACAAAAACUACCUCCGCUGGAACAUCCAAUACUAGGCAGAAACAAAGGCAUUGCGGGUGAUUCGAAUUCAUGUUACAUCGAUGCCACUAUUUUCUGCAUGUUUGCUUAUAAUGGUACAUUUGAUAAUUUACUCAACAUGGAUGUUCAAUCAGAGCCUUUAAAACAAUUACAAAGUGUAUUACGUGACAACAUUGUUCAUGUCCUUCGCGAUGAGAAAAGCGGUUUUGUUGAACGCGAUGCUGUUUUCCAACUUCGCGUUCGACUAAGCGAGGCUACGCAAGAUCGAACAUUUAAAGAAGUAGAAAAAGAUCCAAGUGAGUUUUUACGAGUGUUUGAAGAGCUCUUCAAGUACGCGCCGAUCAAAACUAUCCCACGCGGUCAAGUACCGAAACCAGACGAAUCAAAUGUGACCAUAAAUAUCAUCUGGGAAAUGUUCGAUGCUAAUCCACAAAAUCUUCUAUCUACAAGUAUUGCAAGUAUUUUUCGAAAUUCUCUUUCGGAAAUUCCAGCAAAACUAGCAACAGUCCCACCUUUCCUCAUUUUGGUCGCACCACGUCAUCAACGUUCAGAACGUUCAUAUCGUUACAUUAUACCUGAUCGACAAAUUACACUUGACCAUGAUAUUGUACAAGUAGUGUGUUCGAAAUGCAACAGAACAAACCAUGAUCCAGUAAUGCCAUCUGAUUUCUUUUAUUGCAAUAAAUGCCAACCGCAAGAAUUAACGACCCCAUUGUCAACUGAUGCCGUCAUUAAAGCUCAGUGCGCAGAAUGCUUACACAAAAUGCAUGCAAAUUUAUCGUCUGAAAUUGAAAACCAUUGCACAAAAAAAGUUGAACUUAAGAAGCACAAACUUAAUCUGUUUGCCGUAUUAUGUAUCGAAACGUGCCAUUAUGUUGCUUUCGUCAAAUGCCAAAAUCGUAAUAUACAAAAGUCUACUUGGGUAUUUUUUGACAGUAUGAGUGAUCGAAUCAACGAUGAACAGAAUAUACCACUUGUCGACGAGGUUCCAAACUUCGAUCGAUGGAUUGAUGAAGCUGAAGAUACGUCACAAAAUUUCUUUGAUCAUUUGGACAAACUUCGAAGGAAGACUGGACCUUUGUCACAAAAAUUUAGUCCGGAUGAUAUGCGUCGACUACGUUUAUUCCGUGAUGGCGCUUUUUUCUUCUACGAAAAUGCCAAUAUGAGCUACCAUUGA